CCCAUACGUAUUUUAUAGUAAUAUAGUAUCAUAUUUCAAGUUAUAAGUACCCUACUCCAGCAAUGUUUCUAUCUACUACUGGUGUACUGCUUUCUGCUACUCCUCUACAUGACGGGUUUAUAUAUAUUUUGUGUAUAUUCAUUGAUUUUACAGAUGCAAACAUACAAACAGAAUUUAAUAGUCAGUAGUAUAGAUUCCUAACUUUUUUUAAAUUCCUAGCGAAAAGAUGAUGACAACUGAGAACCUCAGAUCUAACUCUAAGUGAUGAAAGUAUAUUAUAAAGGAUCGUUAUUUUACAGUAUGCAUAUUUUUCGGGUGCGCCUUACUGCUUCAUGGCUGCUGUGCUUUACAUAGCAAGUACGUAUGUCGUGCAUACACCAUUCAUAUCUUUCUAUAAAAAACGACAAGUGAUCAAGAGAACAGCAAGAGGAAAAAUGAAGAAUACAGCAAAUGUUAAGAAUGCGUAUCUACAGCAACAGGCCGCUAUAUCUACCACCCUUGUUCCUCUUUCAUACUUGAAAAUCGAAUGUACGUACUCACGGCUCAAUUUAUGCCUACACAUACAAGAUUUGUUCGUUAUUUGGAGCCCGGAAAUAGCUCUUUUAGACCAUCUCUUAUAUUACGCUUAUGCGACGAGCAAUGGGCCAAUAUCAUUUGCCUGCGGCACUCUCUCGUACUACUGCUACCAGAAGACUGUAAUGGCACUAUAUUACAAUGAGAGAUUCAAAAAAAAAUUGACAUGCGUCAUCAAAACUAGAUUAUGGUACCAGAAAACCUUCCCACACAUAACCUGGCAAACUGAGGGAGGAGCUUUCUUUACGUAUCAUUGAUCUCAAGAUAAAGCUAUGAUGGCAGUGGUGAUGGUAUCGUGGUGUGGUGAAAGGGUAGCUUUCAAUGAACAAAAUUUC